CUUUUGCUUUCUAUGCGCGAUUCGAAAGCGAAAGGUGGCGGACAGCGGUUGUAACCUGUUCUCUGCCGGUCAACGUUCCCGUUGUGUAUAAUUUUGUGGCAAUUUCGGUUGGGUAGGUAACUAGAGGUUGCCAGCUUGCAACGUGGUAGAAUCCGACGAUCGCGACGUUAUGCAAUAGUGGGGCCAAUACGGGCUUGUGUUUGCAUACGUUCGCGAGAUUAGCAAACAGUAACGUAAAUACGGGGGCAUGUAAUCAACGAGUCUGUUGGGAGGUCGAUUGAUACGCCCGACGGAGGGCUUUCGUGGCAACUGUCAAGCGUACCCAAUCGCUGAUCGCUAUCAAACUACGAUUUAAGCCGUAUCGCACCUCAGCUACGCAAUUGGGAAACGACACGAGAAUGCUAAUCUACUUAAUGCAAAUGUCGAGUCUCAAAUUGGAAUAUUCCGAGCGACUAAAGGUUAAUGUGUUGCCUGCGAUCGCGUUCCGGGCUCAAAGUUUUUCAUUGAGUUGAGGAUUUUCCGACGAAAACAGUCACUUUUCCGCGAAUAAGGAGCUUCUCAUUAGAUUUCUUCUCUAAUUCCAGGAACGCCCGUACUCCGAAGAGCUCAUUCAUCUCCACCUAAAAGGAGCAACUUAGCUAGGUCGUGUAUGAAUUCACAUAGGCAAUAUUUGAGUCAUAGGGUUCGACAGUAAUAGCCAAUCGUAAGGAAACUUUAGACGAUCUGCGCCACAAUGUCGACGAAUCGUCGGUUAAGUUUUCACAAAGGGGACGAUAGCAUUCAACUGGAGGAUACGUAUGUUCGUCAGCGAGUCCUCAGCGAUGGGCACCUAUCAUCAGAAAGCCUCGGUCCCAAACGUAAAUGCGGAGGGUUGGUCGAAUUCAUUACUUCAAGAAUUUUUGUGGCGUGUGUAGCUCUCUUGGCCGUCAUAAUUACUUUAAUCUGUGUCUCAUUACUGGUUGCCUACGAAAUGGAGAACGAAGUGGUGCAUACAGUGGACUUCUUGGAGAAGGAUUUGCCAGAGCAGCAAAAAGUGUGGUUCGAUAUGGGAAUUAAAGAGCUUAAAGCCGCUCUUUCCGUCCAACAGAACUCGAGGCGAGCCAGGAACGUGAUUUUGUUUGUAGGUGAUGGCAUGGGACCAAAUACCGUCACGGCUUCUCGGAUCUAUAAAGGAGGCGAAGGGCAUCAUCUGAGCUGGGAAUUGUUUCCACACAUGGGCUUACUCAAGACUUAUUGUGCUGACAGAAUGGUCCCAGAUUCGGCAGCAACAGCUACUGCAUUAUUCUGUGGAGUAAAAGGCAACUAUCAUACUAGUGGCUUAGAUUCAAGCGUUCCGGAAAAGGAUUUUCUUGGAUCUUUAAAUGAAAGCAGCCACGUCAGUUCAAUAUUAAAAUGGGCCCAGGAUGAUGGUAUGCGAACUGGAUUCGUCACAACCACACGUGUUACACAUGCAACACCAUCAGCUUUGUACGCCCAUAUUCCAGAUCGCAAAUGGGAGUGUGAAAAUAAUAUUCCCGAAGAGGCAAAGCAACAAAAUUGUAAGGAUAUUGGAAGAGUGUUGAUUGAAAAUGAACCUGGAAGGAGUAUAAAUGUCAUCAUGGGAGGCGGUCGACAGUGCCUUGUAUCGAAUGUUACGGGAAGUGAUGCAGACCCAAUUGAUACUUGGUCAUGCUACUCUACAGACGGCAGGAACCUAAUAGAUGAUUGGGAGAAAAGUAAACAGGCGCAAAAUGUAAAAUAUGCAGUUGCCUUGAACAAUAAUGAUUUAUCCCGAAUCAGCGGGGAACACGAUUACGUCCUAGGCAUUUUCGCAAACGGUCAUCUCAAAUAUGAUCACGAACGCGAUACAGGUCCAUCGGGGAUGCCUUCCUUGCAAAAUAUGACCCUAAAAGCGAUCGAAGUACUCAAAAGAGAUGAUAGAGGUUUUUUACUUGUCGUUGAAGGCGGACUUAUUGACCAAGCGCAUCAUCGUGGAACUGCUCGCAAAGCAUUAUCAGAAACUAUUGCAAUGGAUGAAGCUGUAAAGGCGACUAUAAACGCAAUGCAAGGUCACUUGGAUGAAACGUUGAUCAUAGUCACUGCAGAUCAUUCGCAUACUUUGUCAAUAAAUGGCUACCCCCAACGAGGAAGUAAUAUACUCGGAUUCGCUUCUAAAUCGAAAACGGAACAAACUCCAUACACAACACUAACCUACGGCACAAGCUAUCAAGGAUUUCAAGUCGAUAUGGCUGACCCUAAUAAUCCUCGCAGACGAGACCCUAGUUUAGAAGACACAACAUCCUUUGAAUACACUCAGCAAGCUGCCAUUAAUACAGACGAAAAUACUCAUGGAGGUGCGGAUGUUACAGUACAUGCCAUGGGUCCCAUGGCACAUCUAUUCCAUCGCAUUCAUGAGCAGAGUUAUGUGGCGCAUGUCAUAUCGUAUGCGUUACGCAUUGGCCGUUUCAGCGAUAGUUCUGUUGUCGAAUCUGUGGCCGAAAUUGUUAAGUUCUAGAAGAAGAUUGUGAUCUAGCUUUAAAAAAGCAGGACUAAUUUAUAUCAAAGUUUACAUGUGUGAAUGUGUGGUUUUGAAUGUCCGCCGGUACCCGGUAAUUAAAAUAAGUUAUUAAUGCGCAAGAUACCUUAGAAUAAAAUGACUGAGUAC